AUGUGGUGCCUCCUCUUUCUGCUCUGCUCCCAGGGAAUUGCCUUUUCAGCAGGAAUCACAGCAUCCUUCACUCUCAGUGUAGACACAAGCUCAUGCAAGAAAACUCGCAACCCUGAAUGCUUUAUGAAUGUUAGUGAAAUUAUCAGGUAUCAUGGAUACUCCAGCAAGGAAUAUGAAGUUACAACAGAGGAUGGAUACAUUUUUGGUGUUUUCAGAAUUCCCGAUGGAAGGAAUAGCCAAAAUGCAGGGAAAAAGCCUGCACUUUUGCUACACUAUGGUGUUCUAGCAGAUUCUAUUAACUGGAUUUCUAACCUGCCCGUCAACAGCCUAGGCUUCAUUCUUGCAGACGCUGGUUAUGAUGUCUGGAUGGGAGGAGACACCUGGUCUUAAGGAGACACCUCCUCCUUAAAACACAAGACCCUUAAGCUCUGCCAGAGUGAGUUCUGGCAGUUCAGCUUUGAUGAGAUAGGAAAAUAUGAUAUUCCAGCAGAGCUGUACUUCAUCAUGAAUAAAACUGGACAGAAGGAUGUGUAUUAUGUUGGUCACUCUGAAGGCACAACUGCGGGCUUCGUAGCAUUUUCUACUUAUCCUGAGUUGCCUCAGAAGAUUAGAGCAUUCUUUGCUUUGGGACCAGUAGCCAAAAUCACACAUGCUACCAGUCCUACGGUAGCGUUUACACGUCUUCCCCAGUCACUGAUCAGGUUACUACUUGGCUGCAAUGGAGUUCUUCACCAGAAUGAACUGAUGAAAGGACCUCUAACAUGCUUCUGUGGAUCUCUGGGUAAAGUUUGUGGCAGUAUCAUGUGUCUCAUAGCUGGGGGCAGGAUACAAAAUCUGAACAUGAGUCAAAUUGAUACAUAUAUAGGACUGGAAUAUCCGGCUGGAAUAUCACUACAGAACAUUAUUCAUUGGCAUCAGCUACAAUGUGCAGACCAAUUUCAAGCUUACAACUAUGGCUCUAAGGAAAACAUGAAAAAUACCACCAGACUCACCAUGACUCACCACGUCAGUGUCUCCCGCUUGCUCACCUACAAGACCGGUCCAGGAGGGGAGGAAGUUUCUCCUGUCCAGCAUCCCUCCUCCCAGGCACCACAGCCCUACACCGACCACUACACCUUCAUUUUACCCCUUCUCCUCUUCCUCCUUGCUCACAGACAGCCUCCUCAGCAAGGCUGCUAA